AUCCAAAAGUUUGGAGAUGAAUAGAAGUGAAGCAGACUUGGAAUAUAGAGGAGACUCUAGCUGGAACUCGGGAAUGGAGAAUAGAUACUCAGGAGUGAGAGUCUUCGAUAGCAACGAAGAGCUAUUGACUGGGCUUGCAGAGUAUGUGACCCAGAUCUCUGAUGCUUCUGUGAAGGAGAGGGGUGCAUUUUCUCUUGUUCUUUCUGGAGGAAAUCUUCCCACCCUCUUGAGGAAGUUAACCAAGGCUCCAUAUCUGAGAACAUUGGAGUGGUCUAAGUGGCAUCUGCUUUGGGCUGAUGAGAACCUUGUGGCCAAGAAACAUCCAGACAGCAACUACAGGCAGGCCAAAGAAGCCUUCAUCUCCAAGGUCCCCAUACCGCCGGCGCACGUUAUCUCCGUGGCUCAUGGUGUACCAGGGGAGCAAGCAGCCGAGGACUACGAGUUCCGCAUCAGGCAGCUGGUUCGGGAUCGGACUGUGGCCGCAUCUCUCUCGACUGACUGCCCAAGAUUCGACCUGAUCCUCCUGCUUCUGGGCACGGACGGUCACGUCGCCUCCCUGUUCCCCCACCACUCGGCCUUGGAGGUGAAGUCUCAGUGGGUUGCACCCGUCUACGAUGCGCCUAGAGAGAGCGUCACCAUCACCCUCCCAGUUAUCAAUUCUGCUGCCAACGUCGCCAUCGUCGCCACCGGCACUGGGGUGGCCCCAGCCCUGAUGUCAGCUCUGGGGGUCACACUCCCCCGUGGGUCCCACCCGGCGCAGCUGGUCUCACCCACUGACGGCAACCUCGCCUGGUUUUCCGAUGCCUACGCUGCCUCCCUCCUCUCUUCAGACUUCAGAGGAAUAUGAAUGAAUAAAGUCUUCUUCCACUCUUUCACUCAUCAAUCAUCAGUCAUCAGUAGCCCCUUCACGUUUCCUAAUUCCCGGGAUUUUCUUUUCCCUGUCUUCGCCUCCUUUUCUUUCCUUUUUUUUUUUCUUUAAAGGUGGUGCCAUCGUGGUGGCCGGUGGGUCUUCUAUGGCCAUUACCCAAAUGUUACGUUGGUCCAGCCAUCUGGGCCUGGUGGGAUCCCAAGUAGAAGCUAUGAAAGUUAAAACCCUUGUGGUUGGUUUUGUUGGUCGUCAAUGAGUAAUUUGGAGACAGGAUUCCGAUUCCAUGGAUUCCAUGGAGGAAUUUAGAAUCAAUGGGUUCCUUAUGUUUUGAACA